AUGUCAUCUAUGUCUGUUUCGAGCGAACAGAUUAGCGAUCCUGGUGAGGAUGGUCUGCAGACUGGAAUUGAUGCGCAUUUAGAAUCAAACGAGGAUUUUAACUCGAGGAUUGAUCGCAUUAUUAACAAUGCCGCUGCUUUUGAGACAUCUUUAUCUCCAGACGAAGCUGUCGAUUCCUCUUUACUUAUAGCAGAAAGCAUGACGAACCCUAAUGCAAACUGUGAACCUGCGGAAAGAGAUCAAGAUGAAAAUGAUACGACAGAGCUUGUUGUUCUUCAUCCUGACCAUACUGAAGAACUAAAGCAUGAGAAAAAUGCUCAUUUGGAAUUGGGCACUGCAUUGUUUGAUGCUCAACAGGGACUGUCGAAGUUUCAGGGUCAACUUCAGAAAAAACAUGAGGAAAAUUUGGAAAGACAAGCUCGCCGAGAGAAAAUUGACAAGGAGUUGGUAGUUCUUCGUAAGCAGCUAAAGAAGGCCCAAGUCGAUUAUGAUCUGGAAUACAAGAAAAUGACUGCAAUGCGGGAGGAAGUAGACAACCUUGCGUUGCGCCUUUAUUACCUAAACAACGCCAAAAUUGAAGUGAAAAGUGACAUAACCAUCAUGCAGAGAGCCGCCGAAAAGGCCUCGUCAGAACUCUCAAAGGCGGAGCAAGAAAAAUUGCAACAAGAUAUGUUGGCUCAUCGAAUGCAGCGUACAGUUGAUAAGUUGACCGAGGAUUGUGAAUUACUUAAGGAGCAACUGGCUGCAGCAGAGGACGAAGUCAGGGCGGGUGAAAGCAUUCUCAAAGAUAUGGAGAACCAAGUUUUUGGCAUCAGAAUGGAUCGGAAACGUCUGAUGGCUCACUGGACGACCAGCUUGAUUGGACUGCAACGCAGAAACGAGGCCUAUUCGGAACUUAUGAGGGACUUCAAUAAAAAGCAGGAAGAGUUGACUAAGGUGUCGUCUGAAAUUGAGGGCAUCAAAAGAGACAUCACUUUGGAGCAGGAAGCGCAUGAACGACUAACAAUACAACUUCACCGCACCCAGGGAGAGAUCGAUGCCCUGAAUAAGGAACACGAACGUCUCAAAACUCGACACGAUGAACUUCAAAAGGAUUAUACUCAAGCACAACGCAUCAUGGACGAGACAGAUAAGAACUUAGACAGUGCUAAUGCGGUACAAAGACUCGUGACCAGCGAGGUCCCACGGUCUUUGCACUUACAGACACAAAAAAGCCUCGACAACGAGAUGGAUUUGCUGCAGAAACGUCUCGAGAAGGAGCUAACCAAGAAACAUGAACUCGAAAACCAAAUGGACCUUUUGUUGCGCGAAAAAUUAUCCGCUAACAAAGCCACAAUCUACGUCAAGAAAAUGGCCGCCAAUGUUCACGAACAAAGUCGUGAUCUUGAGGCCCAGGCGGUUAUCUUGGAAAACACAUUGGCCAAUGACUCUCUCGCGGUAGCUCAAAUUCAAGCAGAGACGCGCGCCAUGCAGGAACAAGCGCAGGAACUAGACAAAGAGAUCCAGAAACGCACCGAAACCCUCACUAAACUCCAGCUGAACAUCAAACGCGCCAACGCCACUGUCCUGCGCAAGCAGAACAGCAUUGACAUGCUCGGCCAGAAGUUGCAACGCCUUCUCAAGGAGAGCGGGGUAGGUUCACUUGCUGUUUCUUGUGGCUAUUCUGUUAGUUUUGUCUGUGUAACGACAUUCAGAAUUGUUUCCCCCCAGGGUGUCGAAUUGGGUCCGCUGGAGAUCAUGCGGAACCACUUGGUGAAGGGAAUCGCCGCGAAGCAGGAGGAGAUCGGGAACCUGGAACAGCAGUGGCUCAAGGAACAAACGGAUUUGAUGAACAAAGUGAAGGAAAAGGAGAAGUUGGGCGAGGACAUAGCCCGGCAGCAGUGCUGUCUUUCGGUCCUGGCAAAGAAGAAACUUCGACUAGAUUGUAACAUAAACACAAUCGAGCGAGAGAGGACCAAUCUAGAACGCGACGUGGUUCACCUACAGAAUAGCAUGGCGCGCUUGAACAAGAGCAUCUACACGAAGCGCUCCAGUGGGACGGCCCUCGAGCAGGAGAAUCGGCUGGCCGAGGAGGACUUUGUCCGAUCCAUACGCGAAAAGGAGAUGCAGGCUGUGGAGGCAGAAGGUCGCCUCAAGGAGGCCAUCCAGGAGAAGGAGGAUCUGUUAGCUGAGCUGAUUGAAACAGAACGCCACAUAAUGCUGUGGGAGAAGAAGGUGCAGCUGGUCAAUGAGACACGACAUGCCGUCGAUUCAGCUGUUGGCAAGAACGAGCUGAGAGCCAUCCGCAUCGAGAUCCAGCGCAUGGAAACUCGCAAAGCCCAGAUCGCACGUCAACAAGAACAGCUUAUCCAGGCGCUGGAACAGUCCGUUCAAAAGCGGGACACAAUUAUAACUCGAAACGAAAAUGCAAAGGUUGUAAAGGCAAGGCAGGAGUCGAGCAAAACCGCACUGCUUCGGGAAAUUGAGGACCUUCGUUCUAAGAUUGGCGCCACUGAGAAGGCAUGCGCAUGCUUUCUAUUUGGGUUUAUCGAAUUUACGAAUUUGUCGACACCUGCGAUUGUGGAGUACGACGAGGAGUCAGAAAAACUGGAGGCUGAGACCAAACGACUGGAGAAGGACUUGGAGGACAAGUACUUCGCUUGCGAGGCCGUCCGAAAGAGAUCAGCCGAGUUGAACAAGCAGCUGCAAAAGUUGGCGGAGACCCGACAAAAGAAUUUAAUAGAGCUUCAAAUGCGGCAACACGCUUCACGCUACUGGGAACAACUCCUGGCCGGUAGAUACCGCCGACUCUGCCCCACUAGACAAGGAGCCCAGAGCGAACGAGAACGCCAAAUUGGGCGGACGCGUGCAAUGCUUGCGGUGGUGGACCGACUCACCACCGAGUUUCCAGCUAUCAAACAGGACCUCUCAGCUGCGUGGCAGAUACUGACGGACAAGUUGGAGCAGGAAGAGCGCACAGAAAUGCACGAAUCGGAUACCUCCGCGACGUAA